GUAAUACCAAGUUUUCAUAUUUUAUUUUCCACGAAAAAGAAUUCAAACCAGUGUAUCUGUCCUGCUGGAAGAGCUUAAUUUAGCACCAUGCCGAAAGUGAGCUCCCGCUCGGGGCCUCCCCGUAAAAUGUCGAUUAACAAAUCGACGCACUCCAUGAACCCGGACCGGCCUACGGAAGGUCUCAAAGGGGUGGCCAAGCCACGUACGAAAGCAACCAUCAAAAGGUUGCAGAUGUACCGCAACUUUAAGGCAAAACGUGAUCGCCACGGAAAAAUCCUUACACCGGCUCCGUUCCAAGGAUGGGUCAACAGUGGCACCGUGGCUCGCGUAGAACCGUCACCGAAAUGGUUCGCCAAUUCGCGCGUUAUCUCGCAGAAAUCGUUGCAAAAGUUUCAAGAAGAGAUGGGAAAGGCGGUUAAAGACCCGUACAAAGUUAUCAUGAAGCCUACCAACUUACCGAUCACGCUGCUCAAUGAAACGGCUCGGUAUCAGCGGGUGCAUUUGCUGGACACGGAGAGCUACGAGACCGUGUUUGGUAAAAAGAAGCUGCGGAAACGGCCGACUUUAAAGGUGCGCGAUUUGGAAGACCUUACGAAAACCGCAGAGGAGUCAGCGGAGAAGUACGACGAAACGAAGGAUCACGAUAUCGAACGCGACGACGGUGGUGUGAAGGACGCGGUGCGAGAGUACAUCUUCGCAGCCGGCCAAAGCAAACGUAUCUGGAACGAGCUUCACAAAGUAGUCGAUUCGGCGGACGUGCUGCUGCAAGUUCUGGACGCUCGCGAUCCGAUGGGAACCCGCUCGAAGUACAUCGAAAACUUCCUGCGCAAAGAAAAACCCCACAAACAUCUAUUCUUCAUACUGAACAAGGUGGAUCUGGUGCCGAUUUGGGUGACGCAGCGUUGGGUUGCGAUUCUUAGCAAGGAGUACCCGACAAUUGCUUUCCACGCGUCGCUCACGCAUCCUUUUGGCAAGGGUGCCCUUAUCAAUCUUCUGAGACAGAUCGGCAAACUGCACGUGGACAAGAAACAAAUCAGCGUUGGAUUCAUAGGCUACCCGAACGUUGGUAAAUCGUCCGUCAUAAACGCGUUGCGUAGCAAGAAGGUGUGCAAAGUGGCCCCCAUCGCAGGAGAAACAAAAGUCUGGCAAUACAUUACACUGAUGAAGCGAAUCUUCCUGAUCGAUUGUCCCGGUGUGGUGUAUCCCACGGCGGAAACGGACACCGAAAAGGUGUUGAAGGCGGUGGUACGCGUGGAGCUGGUCAACAAUCCGGAAGAUUACAUCGAGGAGGUUCUGAAGAGAAUCCGUAGAGAGUACAUCGUGAAGACGUACGGCAUCAAGGAGUGGACGGAUCACAUCGACUUUCUUGAGCAGAUUGCUCGCAAAACUGGAAAGCUGCUGAAAAAAGGCGAACCGGAUGUACAGACGGUCUCCAAGAUGAUCUUGAACGACUGGCAGCGCGGUAAAUUGCCGUUCUAUGUAGCACCUGAAGGAUUCGAAAUUCCUAAAUCCGUUCACGAGCAGGUGACGGAAACGGAGCAGGACGAAGGCGAUCGCACAGCUCUACCAGAGGAAGACCAGAAGAGUACUUAUUCUGGUGUGACCGCGACUCCGACGAUUCCUGACUCGGUGAAGAAGGGUCGAGAGCUGUUCCAGAUACAGGACUUCCGCAAGAUAAAGGUUAAUUUGGAGUUUGAAAGCGAAGACAUUCGCGAGAUUGACAAGAUUGAUCUAGAGCUGCUGGAAAAGCUGAAAGAAGAGAAAAAAGCGGAAGCGAAAGCCAAGAAAGCAAAUCGUAAGAAAUCCUCUGCUACGGGUGAUGGUGAGAACGAUGAAGAUUCGUCCGGGAUUAGUGACUUUUAUUCGGAGGAUGAGUACGACGAGGAAGCCGGUCGAGUGGUGCAUCGUACCGCAAAGGAAAAGGGAGAGACUACCAAGAAAAAGCAAACUGCCGUGGAAAGCAACGCUACAGAGAAGACAAGUGAGCCUGAAUCCAGUUCCCAAAAGGUGCCUGCCAAACUUACAUCGAAGCAGAAGCGUGCUAUCGAGCGGGCCGGCAAGAGAAAGAAAAUUGGAAGCAACUUCUACGAAACGCACAAUGUUAAGAACCGCAAUAGGAAUAAGAAGCCUAAAACGGAUGAUUGA